AUGCUGUUUUCAGCGGUGGCUAUUUCCUUAGGAGGAAUAGUCUCUAUAGCAACAGUAAUUGGAGUCAUUCUCUACAAGAAGCAUAGUCAAGUGAAGAGAAAAGCAAAGAAGACCAUAAUGAAAAGGAAGAAGGAAAUCUCAAGUGUUAAAGCUAAUGCUUUAUCAUCGAGGAUCUUCACGGGCAGAGAGAUAAAGAAAGCAACAAACAAUUUCUCCCAAGAAAAUCUCAUUGGCUCUGGUGGUUUUGGUGAAGUGUUCAAGGGAACUUUUGAUGAUGGAACCAUCACUGCCAUCAAGCGUGCCAAGCUUGGAAACACAAAAGGCAUUGAUCAAAUACAAAAUGAGGUUCGAAUACUCUGCCAAGUUAACCAUAGAAGCCUAGUGAGACUUCUUGGUUGUUGCUUGGAACUUGAACACCCUUUACUAAUAUAUGAGUAUGUUUCUAAUGGCACACUUUUUGAUUACAUACAUCGCCACCACCCUUUUGGAACAAGGGCACCUCUCAAAUGGCAUCAAAGACUCAAAAUUGCACACCAAACAGCUGAAGGACUUUCAUAUCUUCAUUCUUCUGCUGUGCCACCCAUUUACCACCGUGAUGUGAAAUCAAGUAAUAUACUUCUUGAUGAUAAGUUUGAUGCCAAAGUUUCAGACUUUGGCUUAUCUAGGCUUGUUGAAUUAGCUGAAGAAAAUAAGAGCCAUAUCUUCACUAGUGCUCGGGGAACACUUGGUUAUCUUGACCCUGAAUACUAUCGUAACUUUCAACUCACAGAUAAGAGUGAUGUUUAUAGCUUUGGAGUGGUGUUGAUGGAGCUUCUAACUGCUCAGAAAGCUAUUGAUUUCAAUAGGGAAGAAGAGAAUGACUUGGCUGUGUAUGCUAAGAAGAAAUUGAUUGAUGAUAAGUUGAUGGAUGUUGUUGAUCCGUUGCUUAAAGAGGGAGCUAGCAAUUUGGAAUUGGAAACUAUGAAAUCAUUGGGUUAUCUUGCAGCUACAUGUAUGGAUCACCAGAGAAGACAUCAACGGCCUUCAAUGAAAGAAGUUUCUGAUGAGAUUGAAUACCUGAUUAAAAUUGUUAAAGGUCAGGUUUCGAAACAAUAA